AAGCAACACGAAAAAAAGAGAAGAAGAGUAAGGUUAGCCAUGGUCAAAAUGUGGGGUUAGGUUUAAUUUGUGUUGAAAAUAAUAAAUAUGUAUUAACCAAUCUAUGUAAAUAUAUGAAACAAGUUGCGAAGUGAGUUUUCAUAAAAAACACAAUUUUAAUAAAUUGAAAACUUGGGUUUUCUCAUCAGAUAAUAUGAAGGUUAAGGUAAUUAGCCGAAAUCCAGACGAAUACUUACGAGAAACUAAAUAUGAUCUACACAAAGUUCAAAGAAACUAUGACCCGUCUCUACAUCCAUUUGAAGCAGCCAGAGAAUAUACAAGAGCUUUGAAUGCUGUUAAGCUCGAAAAAGUUUUUGCCAAACCUUUCAUCGGUAACCUGGAUGGCCACAGAGAUAGCGUAUCCUGUAUAUCCAAACAUCCGAAAAAGCUCUCAGAAUUGAUCAGUGGAUCAUUCGAUGGUGAAGUUAGAAUUUGGGAUAUUCCCCAACAAAUUUGUACUAGAAAUUUCGUAGCACAUGAUGGGAUAGUCAGAGGGGUUGUGUAUACACCUAGUGGAGAUCACUUUAUCACUCUUGGAGAUGACAAAACAAUAAAGACGUGGCAAGCUGUUUCAUCAACAUUCAGUGAAGUUGAAGCCCCAACGAAUACUGUUCUUAGUAGGACUGUAUUGACUAGUAUUUCACAUCACAGGAAAAAACCUAUUUUUGCAACUGCUGGAGAGGUGUGCCAACUCUGGGAAGAAAGCAGGAAUGAACCUAUUCGAAAAAUAGAGUGGGGUGUGGAUAGUUUACAUGAUAUUGAGUUUAAUCCUGUUGAAACAAGUAUACUUGCUACUUGUGCCAGUGAUAGAAGCAUUAUUCUUUAUGACAUGAGAGAAAAUCAUCCCCUGAGAAAGAUUGUGAUGAAGCUAAGGACAAAUAAAUUGGCAUGGAAUCCUAUGGAGCCAUACAUUUUCACAUCUGCCAACGAAGAUUACAAUCUCUAUACUUUUGAUACUCGUAACCUGAAACAACCCACAAAUGUUCACAUGGAUCAUGUCGGUGCUGUAACUUAUGUGGAUUAUGCUCCAACUGGCAAAGAAUUUGUAUCUGGCAGUUACGACAAAUCCAUCAGGAUAUUUGUUGCCGAAAAAGGACAUUCCCGGGAAAUCUAUCAUACCAAGAGAAUGCAGAGGCUGACUUGUGUACAUUGGACUUUGGAUAAUAAAUACAUUAUUAGUGGAUCUGAUGAAAUGAACAUUAGAAUAUGGAAAGCAAGGGCUUCAGAGAAAUUAGGACCGGUGAGUAAAAGUUAACUAAUGAAUCUAAUC